AUGGCUGACCCAAAGCGAGUCCUGCGUCCGCAUCGACUUCCGGAUGAUUGCUGGCGGCUCCUCCUGCUUGUUUACCUUUUUGUUUUCAUGCUUAUGCACAUUCCAAUACACAUACCUAUUCCUUUUUUACUGAUCCCGGUUUUAUUGUUUAAAACAAUGCAGUUCUACAUCAUUAUCAAUAUUUCAUAGCCUAUCCCUUCUAUUUACUUCUCUUCAGUCUAUCUGUUCCGAUCGUCAAUCAUUCAAGGUUAAAGUUCAACAACCUUAGGUGGCGAAAACGCAAAAAACUUUCUCGUGAACUGUUCAAAAACCUGAGGAAAAAGAGGUAUUGAGUUUUCCUAUUGUUUUCUCGCAUUUUCGACUUUUCUCGAGAACACUUUUUUUGAGUUUCUCAAAAGAUGUAUUUCUAUUUACUCAGCCAUGUUAUGGCAUGCUCUGCGCGAGUGGCUCCUUUGAUAACACCUCUAGAAAAAAUAUUUUCUCCGAAAAAAUAGAAGUUUUUUUUUGAGAACUACGUUUUCAACGUUUUUAGCUCCUCAUGUCUUUAACAAUCACUUUCGAAGUUUUUGAAAUUGUCCAAGUAAUUUUCACGGUUAACAUCAGUUGCUGCAAACCCAUGCUUCAAUCUAAAAUCUUUUUGGCUAGUUGGGAAAAGCUGUCUUUUCUUUUUUUGGUUGUUUUCGACCUAUGCGCAUUUCUCCCAGUUCCUUUGCCAAUUCUACUCAAUGAAGUCAUUCGAUCUUUUACUUCGUCAGUAUUCUUUUCUUGAACGUUCCUGAACUCUAGCCUUAGGUAAAAACUUAGAAAUAUUUCUUCCAGCAAUCCUAACUUGGCACUUGAAAACGAGCUCGACCUAUUCAUUUUAAAAGUCCAAGAAAGACAUUCAUAGCAAAUAGGCUCUGGAACGCCGUUCUUUUUCCUUCUUCUGCUUUUCUUUCUGGGCGUUUCUGGCCAUUCCGCUCAAGUUGCCACCCGAUACAUACCCCUCCGUGCAUACUCUAUAAAGUUGCACGACAAACAAAACGAAAAAUAAAGACGGCCCAAAAAAGAAAAGGAGGCCGAUCAACUAUGGAUAAGUGCCAAAAGCGCUCGUUCAUCCGGAAUAUCGGGUUACCAUGGGCCUACUGAGUAUAUAAGAGCACGAAAGAGGAGUUUUAAUAUAAGGAACACUUUUUUUUUGAUUUACUCCUGGAACUGUUUUUUAUUUUUCUUUAAUACCAAAACUUUUCAACUUAACAACUAGUUAGACUACCUUUUUUUUGAAAGCUUUUCGGAAAAUUUUCGUAGGGCACCCCAAAUAGGCGGAAUCGUUGCUUGUUGGAAAAUUAAACUUUUCUUCCUCCAAAAUUAUCUUAUCAUAACACGGGUAAAUUAGAGUCUUUAUCAUCAUGGAAACUGAAAAAAGAUCCCCUGGACCAAGGUUGUUGGCAAUGGCUAAACAAGCGAUGGUCAAGCGGCGACAUUCAGAGGCAACUCGUGCGCGGCUUAGGCGUCGGCGCCGUGUCCGUUCUCGGAAAGCCCUCGAGCAAACAAUAUUCUGUAGCGACAAGUCGAAAAAACAAAAAGACGUUUGGCACUGCAUCCCUGACAAGCGUUAAUCUGAAGUCAAGCCCUAACUCACAUUUUUCUAUGAUCAUAAGCGAUUCAAUGCUUGAUCUUUAUUCAAAAGCGUAGGUGGAGAAGUAUAAAAUAUCUCAACUCAACACACUUUUUUUUUGUAAAACUUCAAUAUGGCUUGAAUAGAGGAAAAAAGGCAGUAUGUAAACUCGCUAUCUUUAAUUAACUUAUUUUCACUUUACUCUUAUUAUUUUUAACAUUGACAACUCGAGAACAAGUUUUGAAGUCAAAACCUUCCCGAAAUUGAAAUCCUUGUUGACCGAAAUUGACAGACCUCAGGUAAAAAUCGGGUUUUUUUGUGAUUCAUGAGCAUUGAAAGAAUGAUGAAAAUUCAAAAAUUCUUCACAAAUCCCCCUAUUCAUCUUCUAUGCACGUUCAUUUUUCCUUUUUUUUUUUCUUUCAUGUUACUGCCUUCUUUCCAACUCAAAGUGCUUCAUAAUCCACAUAAGUUGUUUUGGUUCGCUGAAAAUAUUUCCUAUUUCUCUUUAAACCAAGGACGACUUUCAACACACCGGAAAACUGCGCAAUUCAGCCCGAAAAUCGAGGCGCCUACUAGUUUACCGAAGAUUUUAUCGUCACUCUGCUCAUCCACCUCUUUCAUUGCCGUUUUACGUUUAACAUUUUUCUAAAUCAUCAAGUUUUUUUUUAAACUUUACUACAUGAGAAGUCGCCAAUCUGAGAUGGCUAUCUAUCGAGUUUUUUGCUUUUUUUCUCAUGAUUAUCUGAAACGUAAUUUUUUUCGAGAAAAUGAGCGCGUUCAUAUUUCUUGGAUGAAAACUCUGUUGCUGUUGUUUUGCUUCCGAGAUACUCAAAUUUUUGAAUGCCGCCACGAAAACGCCCCCGGGGAUCAACAAUUUCCGAGUUUUCUUGAAUCUUUCGAGCUGCUCAAUGACAUCUUAGUACCCGUCGUACACACUAUUUGAAAAGUAAUUCUGGAAGUUUCUUGUGGUUUCAAGGACUGAAUGAAAAAAAACUCCGUUACCCUUCAAGUUUUUAUUUUUUCGUGAGCAAAACUUUAUACGAAGAGAAAUUUUCAAAGAGGAUAAUAACGUCUUACAGGCUGAACAAAAAAAGUUUCAAAAUUUUUUCUUGCCAUAUUUAAUCUAUUGCUUCGGGUCGAGGUUACGGCGAACUUCAUUUUUUUUUUCGCUCUCAAUCCUGUCAAUUGUGAAGGUCGACAGCCUAUGAUAUGAAAAAAAUGAAGCUGUUUAUAAGAACUAUCUUCUCUCGUCUUCGCUACUUAUUCUUUUUGAACGGUUGCACAAGUCCUUUUUUCUUCAUAAUUCUUGUUCUUUUUCAUUAGUCCGUCCAACCUGUUAAAUUCGUUUACAGAUAAUUCGAAGCCUCAACUACUACUAGCUGCAUCCUUUUAGCCAUAGCUAUACUGACGCCGGGAUCAUGUUGACCGUAACAAGCUCGACCUGAGGUUUGUUCGAAAAAGGGAAAAAAUGGACAUUAGAUACGAGUUAAAUUACAUAUCAUUUGUUUUGAAAAGCCUUUUCAUUUUGGUAUAUUUUCGAAUCAUGAAGUUCCGUAUUCAGAAAGUGAAACAUAGAUAAUUUUUGAAAACAAAUGAAGAUUUUGAGGACCAGUAAACAUGAAAAUCGUGCUGCUUUUGGCGGUACUAUUGGAAAUAUGUUCGCCACGAAGAACUCAUCCCUACAAAGGUCGCAAAUACGACCUAACGCUUUAUGUACGGUGAGUAAUAUUGAUCUUCCAGUUGAUUAAAAAAAUUUCAAAGUAAAAAAAUACGGGAACUUCGUGUAGAUCUUUUCUGAAGUAGUAGAAGAACUUUGAGCGAUGAUAUAGAAAGUCUAGAUUUUUUCUUAGAAGAAAAAAUAAAAAAUGAUUCUAGAAAUCACAACGUAUCCGAUGCGACAUUCUUCCGACUCGUCGGCGUGGACAACACCGCCGACUUCAAUGUGUCUGCUGGCAACACAUUCGAGCACACAUUUGAGGUAUCUUGAUCUCUAUAAAGAUUAAAUUUAAAAAUGAUCACAUCAAAGCAUACAGUGGGAAAAAAUUUUUUUUUAAAUUGGGUUAAAACUUUUCGAUUAUCUUUUCAAUUUCGCUGAUGUAAUAUCUUAUCUUUUAGCACGAAAUGGCGUUUAUGCCGACGAAGUUAUUUAUGUCAAAGAAACUGGUAUUUUGGCAGCGAAUAUCCGAUAAAAAAGCCUUCUACAAUCUAUUUUGAUAAAUUAACAUCGAAAUGAUUUUCAGGUUAGAAGAAAAGGAUAUUGGACACUGUUUGUCGAGUUUCCAGGCGAUAGAUACGCCAAAUCUCCGCGAAAGGUGCUUCAGCGUAGAGAGAAAAAAAUCCGAUAGACAAAAUUUCAGAUUAUAUCGCGGGAUUCGCACCGCAAGUGGGUAAUGGAAGUCUACUACUAUCCGGGAGCCGUCGGAUUUUCAGAAUGGCACAAAUUAAGUCGCCGCGGGGAGUUGCACAUCAACGGCUAA